CACAGCAAGGGAGAGGAAGGAGAGCAGAAAGGCAUUCCUCUGUGGAGCUGAACCCUCACAGCACUGAGGCAGACAGGCACUGAAGCUCAAUUUGGCAUACCUGAGUGACUCGAGACUCAAGGUCAACAUGGCCAUGCCAGAAAAAUCAAGUUGUGUCAACCCGACCGAGGAGUGCAGCAGUUUCCCUGAGAUUAUUGAACUCAAUGUAGGUGGCCAGGUGUAUAUAACUCGAUAUCCUACUUUGAUCAGCAUUCCUGGUUCCCGGCUCUGGGAAAUGUUCAGUGUAAAGAACCCUUGCUCACUGAUCAAGGACAACAAAGGGAGAUUCUUCAUAGAUCGAGAUGGUUUUCUCUUUCGCUAUGUCCUCGACUACAUGAGAGACAUGCAAGUAGUGCUUCCAGAUCACUUUCCAGAGUGUGGCCGGCUCCGUAGAGAAGCAGAAUACUUUAAACUGCCAGAACUAGCUAAGAUGUUGGCUCUUAAAAUGAACCAGCUCAACUCAAUUGGCAAUGACUCAUGUCAGACUGAGCUAGAAGAGCUCUCACCCAGCAUUGAAACCACGUUCAAUUUCUCUUCAACCAAUAGCAUUCAUAUUAGCGGCCCUGAUAAUCCUGUGGUUCUGUCAGCUGCCACUGGUUCUGAGCUCAAGAAGGCUGGCUUCAUCACUAUUGGCUAUCGAGGCUCUUAUACUCUGGGCAGGGACAGCCAAACAGAUGCCAAAUUCCGCCGUGUGGCCAGAAUCAUGGUAUGUGGUAAGAUCUCAUUAGCCAAGGAAGUGUUCGGAGACACUCUGAAUGAGAGCAGAGACCCAGACCGCCCUCCAGAGCGAUAUACUUCUCGAUACUACCUCAAAUUCACUUUCUUGGAACAAGCCUUUGACAAACUAGCUGAUGCUGGCUUCCACAUGGUAGCAUGCAACUCCACUGGCACCUGCACUGUCACCCAUGACCAAACAGAUGACAGGAUCUGGACCUCUUACACUGAAUAUGUUUUCUAUCGUGAGUGACACUUAAAAUCACCCAGGAAAUACAAACCCCCAGUCUCUCUCCUCUGUUUCCAUGCCAACUGUCUCCUUUAGAAAUAGACACAUUAAUCACGCUAGGUUCCCGAGUGUUCUGUAUAAUCUUGAACAAUGCUACUUCUUUCAUCAUAACCACUUGAACCUUUGCUGGUUUUGUUCUUAUACAUCAUUGCAGUCCAUCUGUCUAUCUUCUUUGGACUGUAGAGUGGAAGCCAUUUGCUGAGAGGUGUGCAUCAGUAUAGAUAGUAGAGGUAUAUUUCUGAAGUGGAUGCUAUUAAAUAUAACCACGUAAAUUACAUGUGUUGAGAACUAUUAAGCUAUGACUUCCAAGUUGUUUCUCAGUAAUAACCUACCUUGAACUUGAUUAUGUACCUUGCUAUCUGUAUUCACCUACGGAAAGCCCUGUAUUGCUGGGCUAGAGAUUAGAGCAGGUAGUGUGAAUGUGCUUUGCAGAUGUUUUACCAUGCUUAGUGGAUGAACUGGACAACAGUUCUCUAGGAGGUUCAUAGAAAGGUGGACCAAUUCCAGAAGUAUUAAGGACUUUUGAUUUGAUAGAA